AGUCUCAUCAAGUGUCCGACAACAUGCCGAUUGCUUCAGAAACCACCCCUCAGGCCUAAACUAUCUACGAAUGUGUGACCUCUUCAAGGAGCCAGUCGCAGGCAGCGUGAUGCCUGGAACGCAGUCAACAAGUCAAAGUAUGAAGAACAGGUUAGUAUCAUCAGAUCAGCCAGUGUAUCUGAACUGAACGAAUCUACUCUUGACUGCUGUCAGGAGGGAGCUGGUGAGUGUCACAUCAAGUUCAUGUGCAGGGCAGCGUAUUUGGAAACCAACGAAAAGGCCCUUUUCGACCAUUUGUUGCCCUUGCCAUUCGUAGCGGCCACUUCAUUGGCUGGAUCUCACGAACAGUCUAAUCGCUGUCCAAUCAACGAGAGCUCUAGCUGCGAGUCCAAAGAACUCUCCACCGUACCCGGAGUGCAAACCAGAUAUCGUAUUAAAUGAGCGAAAAACUGGACGCACAUUUCUCGUCUAAUGGGGCAUCGACAUCUUAUGGUUGCAUGUAUCACAUACAAUUCAAUGCUUUGAUUCUGCGAUUGGGAUUUAGCAACUUGGACUCGUUCAACAGCUGUAACUGAAGCUUGUGCUGGGCUAAUUUGGCCCAAAGCGAGCUUAUUAUGGGCGAGCGAACCUACUCAUUCGUUCGUGAGUAUGUUUAGCAACUCAGAGAUUUGGUGCCACCGGUUUGUUGGAUCCGGUGCCAUUGACCGCAUGAGGGGAAGUGGAGGGUUUUAGAAAGCUCCACUCUAAAAACAGCAGAAACAGAGCCAUGAAAUCUGCAUCAACGUUGGGUCGAGCUCCUCCAUACUCCUCUUCCUCUUCCUCCUCCUGCUGCAUAUCGAGGGACUGGAAGGCUCAAUCGGAUGUGGCGUCCAAUUAGAAUCGCUCCAAGUGCAGAAUUAGUUUAAGACAAGGUGGAGCUUUUCCUCAGCAGCGUGUGUAUCCAGUGUGUGUGGCACAUCCGAACAUUUGGCUACUCCCGAUCGUUCAACUACGGCGCAGGCGGACAGACUGCUCUAGACGGAGGCUAUAUUUGUAGCCCUUGAUAAGACGAGGACGAGUAGGAGGACGAGGACGAGGGAGGAGGAGGGAUUGAUUCAUUUCUUACUGCUGAGAAUGGUAGAUCUCGCUAUCUCAACUUGCUAUUCUCGCGUCGACAAAGUCUUUUGGAUCGGACCGAUUUGGCAUGUGGUGACAUGAUCCAGGUCAUCACGGAAGCUUCCUCGGCCGGUCAUGGAUUUGGACCGUGAACACUGUCAGAGAGAGUAACGAUUUUGUAGCCUGAAUCGAUGAACUCGUAAAUUCUACGGUCCUAGAUGUCGUUUGCUUGCUCGCAUGGUUAUGGCGGAUUAAUUAAAGCCUCCCGGACUGCCCCUUGCCAACUGCUGCCUCUUCUCUUCUCUCCUCCUGCCCAUGUGCGCGAAACAAGCAUUGUUCUUUCUGCAGGAGGGAGACGAGGAAUUACGGGCCGAUUUAGCAGACAUGCUCCAGUGGCUGGCUGGCUUCCAGACUCUCGGGGACCGUCACCUGCUGCGGCGUCACCAUCUGGAAGACGGAUCGCAUCUGGGAACUCGACAAAGAGCCUGAAGGAGGACGAGGAGAUUUGGGCGAUCUGUACAUACACAAGCACCUGCCGCUGGCCGGCCGUCCGUCCAUGUACCUUGGAGCAGCACCGCCUCUCGGUGCAUUGUGCAGCUAGCGGGAGGAAGGAAGGCGGAGGACGGUGGCAGGGACAUGGCAUGGGGAUUUGUGUCAGUGUCAGAAGAUCUGGACGCACUUGCAAGUUGACCGCGCAUGGAUCCUUUUGCUCGUGAGGUAGACGUGUUCUCUCACUCCCAGACUCUCAGAUCGUGCCUCCACUGGCAUCAGGUGAAGGCAGCAUCUGCCCCGAGCCGAGCACGAGAAUGUCCACGGAAUCAUACGUCUGUCAGCCAUUCUGUGUAACAAACUAUCGGUUCGAGGACCGUCGGAAAUCAAUGUGCAGGUCACAUUCAAACUUCACAUUCGCUGUAUUCCACGUUUGUAAUCAGACAUGAGAAUCUCGGAAGGAGGUAGUUUUUGUCAUCUCUCGAAAGUUCGGUGGACGAAACACGAACAUGGUGUCGAACGAUCGAUCGAUCGAUCGACAGGAGCUGCACCAGCAGCAACUGUUACCUAGAUCGUUCCAAAAUCCAAAAGGCGGUGGUGUUCUGGGCCUGGCACCGAACCUCGAACUGACUCACGACCAAAUGAAACGACGCUCGUUUCCACUGCAAAUGAAAGCUCGGAGCUUAAUGUCCGGACUCCGAAGGCCCCUGGAGACAGAUCUGCAGCAUUCUUGCUCUAUGCUCCUUAAACCCUUUCCGUUCCUCUACUGUCGUCGUCCCUCAAGCCCCCACACACACAUCGCCUCUUGCUUGAGCAGCUCGUACCGUCAAAUAUACCGACUGCAGUAGACAGCGCAACUCAUGCAGAAGGUUUGCGUCGAGCUUUCGACAGGGGAACAUGGCGAGCGAUUAUCGUCCAUCGGCAUGAGGGUGUGACUGAUCGGUGCUCGAGCGAAGUACGCUGCGAGGCUCGGCGAGGCGACUCGAUUCACAUCGCCCGGGAACGUCGAAGAUCCUCGCCUCUACUGCGUGGCCAUCGAUCACCGUGGACUCGAUUUUCCAUCACUUUUCUCUCCAUCGAAUUUCCAUCAUUUUCCAUCGUCGGGUCUUCUCGUGGUCGACCACCUGACAACAAUUCGAGCGGUCGUUGCUCGAGGCCGAGAACGGACGGAGCCUGGCUGAUGCAAAUGCGGAGUGCAUGACCGAGUCUCGUGUGAGUGAUGUUGCAGUGAGACAUUUCUUUCGCCCUCUGUGAAUUCAGCGAUUUUUUCAAGCAGUCACGGCUACAACGCUAAAGAGGAAACACACGCCUUCUGGGCCUCGAUCCGUGUGUUGGAAGUCACCGAUCGAAGUGCAUCCGAUUCACUGCCCGCGCAUGCUUUCUAUGAUGGCCGAGUGAGGAACAAUCACCAGGACGCGCAAUCUUUUCCCAUCAGCAUGAAAUGAAUCCACUCCCUGAGCUCCCUGCACCUUCCACGUUCCCAAAUUGCUGCCACUUCUGCCGUCAGACCUACAUCUUGUGGCACUGGAAUAUGCUUAGAAACCCACUCGAUGUGAAAUGUGGUGAGUCUCCACCAUCGAGUUCUGAGCCAAGGGAGAAACUGCGUGAUGGAACGAGAACGACAGAUCGAGGACAUCGAGCUCCUUCCUGACUAAAUAAAGUGCACCGGCCACCUUUUGCAUAUUAGAGGAAUGACAUGCGACCAACUGAGCGAGUUUCAUCAUGGAAAACAGAAGAAACAAGCCGAAACCUGUUGAAUCGCACUCGGCAAUCAGCGCAGGACCCUCUCUUGGGUACCAGCCAACCUUUCACAGAAGAGAGCAAUGAGGUCUUACCUGACACUGCCAUACGCCAGAAAACUGCAAAACCCCGCCAUAAACAUCAAUAUCGAUGUUCUCCACAUUGUUAGGAAGGUCACAGUUGUUCUGUACAUCCAUAGACAGCCGACACAAUGUAGAGUUUGUCCAAUAUACGGGGAAAUAUUCACGCCUUCGUAAGGUCGCUGAACAUUUGUGGUAUCCGCUGGGGAUAUUUUAUUGAGGUAGAAUCACUUUGCCAGAAUCACGAGAAGCUUAUUCCAUUUUCUAUCCAUUGUAGAUGUACUCCCA